AUUUACAUUUUAUCUUUUCAUUUCUCAUUAUUGAUCAUCUAUACCUUUUCUACCUCACUGAAUUUUCUUGAUUUUGAAUUUUCUAUAUCUUCAAAUGCACUAAAAGCAUAAUAAAUAAAAUGAACACAUAUAUUAUAUUCUCUUACACAAAGAGAAAAGGAUCCAUAUGUUUGUAUAAUGAAAUAAGAACAGCAUGAAAGAAGUUGAAAGUUUUCUCUUAUUUUGUAUAGUUUAUAUAUAAAGCGUGUAAGUUGGUUUUAGCAUAAGGAAUGAUUAUAUAAAGCAUGAAUCAGAAAGCAGUUGCUGUUGUUAAAGUUAUUCAAUUGCUGAACAUUAAUCCUAUUCAUCAACAGCUUCACCAUCUCACAGAGUUUUAACCAAAUGGAAGGAGAAUCGAAAGAUCUAGCUAUUGAAAUAGAACUUUUAGACAGAGAAUGGACUGAGAAGCUUCAAAAUGUGAAACUUCCAGAGAUGGAUGAAAUCCAUACGCAAUGCAUUUACAGGGUACCACCAAAUAUUCGUGAAUAUAAUCCCAAAGCCUACACACCUCAAACUGUUUCCAUUGGUCCUUAUCAUCAUCACAACAAUUACGAGGGAAUGGAAGAGCUUAAACUUAAAUAUCUCAAAGGAUUUCUAAAUCGAACAGAACUACCAGUAAGGGAAUUUCUUGCCAAAAUUAAAGAUUUAGAAGAAAAAAUUCGAGUUUGUUAUGCAGACCGAAUUAUAUACAAUAGUCAUGAUUUCUUAAAUAUGAUUCUAGUUGAUGCUUGCUUUAUAAUUGAGCUUCUUCUAAGAUGGCAUGAAGACGAUGAGUGGGAGAAAAAAGAUCCUUUGUUGCAGAAACCAUUGUUGGGAACGUAUGUUUGCUUUGACUUGAUACUACUGGAAAAUCAACUUCCAUUCUUUGUUCUUGAACAACUUUACAACCUCACUGGUAUGAAUGAGAAAUUACUCGACAUUACUUUCGACUAUUUUGAGAGCGGAAACGUGUGUCCAAUAGAGAGUCCAAAACACUUCACUGAUUUGAUAAGAUCUUCUAUAAUAUCAUCAUCAGAGCUUGGUCUUGGAAAACCCGAAGAAGGCAAAGAAGUUAAUCAUGUAUACAGUGCAAGUCAACUAAUGGAGGCAGGUGUUAAGUUCAAGAUCAGUCCAAAUAAAAGCUUACUUGACUUGAGCUAUUCUAAACGUGAUGGAGCAUUGAGCAUGCCAAUCUUGAAUAUAGAUGACAUUACAGAAGUUUUGUUCAAGAAUAUGAUGGUAUAUGAACAAUGCCACCCUUCUGCUGGAGACAUCAUUAGACAAUAUGUAGAAAUUCUUGAUUUUCUUAUCAAUACUGAAAAAGAUGUGGACAUACUUGUUAACAAGAAAAUUAUUGUCAAUUUGACGGGUGAUGCUAAUAAAGUGGUUACAGUGAUUAAUAAUCUCACCUCAAAUAUUCCUACGCCAGAAUUCAAUUCACACUAUUUCUCCAUCUGCAAUAGUUUGAAUGAAUUCUAUGAUAAUCCUCGAAACAAGUAUAAGGCUAUCUUCAUACAUGAGUACUUCAACACUCCUUGGAAAAUAGCAUCUACAAUUGCUGCAAUUGUGCUACUUUUGCUCACCUUUAUUCAGACCGUGUGUUCAAUCCUCUCACUAUUUUAGGGUAAUUAAUGAGAUAUGGUUGUUAAAUCAGGAACAAGAACGUCAGUUAAGAGAAGAAGACGUCGAUCCUUGUAUCUGAUUGUCUAAGUUGUAUUUGUAAGAGAAUCUUGUAACAUUAUUCACUUUGUUGUUCCUUUUCUUUCCACAAAACAAAGAUUCAACUUUAUAUUCUAAUUUUUCUACUUUGUGCUUAACUUUAUUUACCUUUUAUCCACUACGAACUUUAC